AUGGCCAACUCUGAGCUCGAUCUGGAAAGUGUCCGACAGGAUUAUUUAGCGUCUUUGCAAGACUUAACAUUUAACUCAAAACCUAUUAUCACUAAUUUGACAAUUAUAGCACAGGAGAAUAUAAAUGCCGCAAGGUCAAUCGUACAAGCUAUCGAGGAACAGAUCAGAACUUGUCCACCUCAACACAAAUUACCAGUAUUAUAUCUCCUUGAUUCUAUUAGUAAAAAUGUUGGAGGAACAUAUAUUAUGUUAUUUUCGAGAAACCUUUAUCAUACAUUUAUGGACACUUAUAAUGCUGUAGAUCAAACUACAAAGCAUAAACUUGAAAGAGUAUUAGCAACAUGGAAAAGUGGACCAACAGGAAAUCCCGUAUAUUCUUUAGAAGUUACUGGCCCCAUUGAAAAAACGUUGAAGCAGCAAGUGAGAUAUCAACCUCGAGGAUCAAUAGACGGUGGAAGAACGCACAUUCAUAUCAAUCCUAAUUUCUUGAGCGGAAUUAACCAAAGUGGUUUAACAUCAUAUCAGCAGAAUCAACAACCAACUACACAGCAAGUUCAACAAGUGCCACAACCAAUUCAACAAACAUCAAAUGUGUGGGUUGAUGCGGCUAGGUAUAAUAAUAAUGUUACUACUGCAUUUCCUCCUGCUGCUACAUUGCCUCGCCAAGGAUUUUAUAAUACACCUCAGUUUGCAAACAAGCCUGUUUCACCAAUUAUUCAACAAAACCAAGUAUUUGUUCCACCUCCUGAACAACAGGGACUUUUACAAGAAUGUCGGGCGGUGAUUUUGCAACGUCAACAAUAUGCUUCGAGAAAUCCUAAUGAUUUGCAGAACCAAAAUCAAAUUGGAAAUUUACAACAGCUUUCAGAAGUUCUUCAAAAAGCGCCUCUCACGGUUGAACAAAUCCAGCAAGUUCGACAACUAUUUGCCUCUUUUAACCAAAUGCCUAAUCCCGCCACAGUUCAGGCUCAAGGACCUCCUAUAAUCCCACCUUCGUUCCCUAACUUGACUCAAGGUCUAGGACCUUCAAUUUCUAUUACUGGUACAACUGAUUUCAAUGUUUUGUCGGCUGCUCUCGGUGUUGUAUUUGCCUCAUCAGCAAGUUCUUUCAACAAUUCAGGUUCACUUCUAACACAACCUCAACCGGGUCCAAUUCCGGUGAGAUCUCCAGUACAACAGCCUCCUUCUUCGAUUCCACAACCACCGCACAAUCUUUUAGCAGAUCCAAAUUCUUUGGUUAAGAAUUUAAUUAACUUUGGAUUACAUAAUAUUGCAAGUAAUAAUCUUGGUAAUAUUAAUGGAUUGAACUUUACUGGAAGAAAUAAUACUCCUACACCACCACCUCCGUCUUCAAUUAAUGCAGAACCACCUUCGUCUACUGUGAAAUCUGUAAUGGAUCUAGAAAGGAUUCGUCUAACCAGUAAUGAUAUUCAACGCAAACAUGAAGGAGCGAUUACAGUCAUAUAUGAUGCUUUACCACGCCAAUGCAAACAAUGUGGAUUUCGAUAUCCUGGAAAUGAAGAAGGAAAAGCAAAGAUGGAUGCUCAUUUGGACUGGCAUUUUCGUCAAAAUCGUCGAAUGAAGGAAAAGUCAAAAAAGGCGCAAAGUCGUAGCUGGUUUGUAAGCGACGAGGAUUGGAUUCAUUCAAGGGAAUCAGAUACAAAAAAUACUGCAACUCCUGCAUUUUUUGACUUUGAUAAUAUUGGUGCUAUAAAAAAUGUAACUGGUAGUGGUAGCGUUAAUAUCCAAACGUACAGAAGAGAAGAAUUAAUUAAUGAAUCGACGGUUAUCGUACCUUUUGAUCCUGAAAAGGCUGGUAAACCAUGUCCAAUCUGUCAAGAAAAAUUUCAAUGUUUCUGGAAUGAUACAGAUGAAGAAUGGUUAUUUCGUAACGCUGUUGAAGUUGAUGGUAUUAUAUAUCAUGCAACAUGCCAUGCUGAUGCCCUUAAGCACCAAGGAAAUGUGAAGUUAUCUGAAAGUGAAAGUGUUUCAAGUCCUCCUGUUCUCGGUAAAAGAAAAGCGGUAUGA